AUGUUAAACAGUAUACACGAUUCUGAUAAUCUGAAGUUGAAGCAGGAUGAGAACGAUCAAUUAUGUAAAUAUUGAUGAGGUGUUGUCGAAUAAAGUGAACCGUCUGACGGAGUUCACAUUGAAAGGGAAAUGGAAAGAGAUUGAGGAGAUGUACACACGGCAACUAUUGACGAUUACGUCGGCACUGCACCGUGGAUUUGGACGAAGAAGUUGUGGUUGAGAAGCUUGUGAAUGCCAUUAUGAGACACCAGCCGAGGGAGGCACUGGAAAUGAAGAAUGAUCGAGGGGAUACCGCUCUGCAUGUUGCUGCUUCCAGGGGUUUCAUAAAUAUAUGUCAGAUCAUCGUAGGAGAGAAUCGGGAGAGGAUUUACUUAGUGAAACUCAAGAACAAAGAUGGAGAGACUCCUCUCUUUCAAGCCGCUCUCAACUGGAAGAAACAGACCUUUGCUUAUCUUUCUAACCUUUACGGCCACAGCGCUCCCUUGCAAGAUCUUGUGCGAGACAACGGUGACAGUAUUCUUCACUGUGCUAUCAGGAGAGAGUACUUCGAUUUGGCUGUGAUAAUAGUGUAUUACUAUGAUUUUCUUAGCACACAUUUGAAUGAAGAGGGAUUCACACCUCUUAAAGUCCUUGCAACCAGGCCCUCGGCUUUCAGAAGUGCUACCAGACUUUCAUGGUGGAAGCAAAUCCUGUACCACUGUAAGUAUUAUUAUAUAUAUCUAUACACUGCAUUACAUAUGAAAUGA